AGUUACACUAUAUUUUAAUUAUCAAUAUGAUACAGAUCUUUAAUUGUAAAAACAUACCGUACUGUAUAAAACAGAAGUUUGUACAUGACAUGGCAAUUAUAUGGAACAAAGGUUAAUUAACUAUACAUUCCGCUUUUUGCUUAUGACAGUAGAGGAUACAUAAACCAACUGUCAAAAAGCACGUGCAUCAAUGGAGACUCAGGAGUUAGAUUUGGAGUUGAUACGUCAAAAUAUCGUAAAAAAUCACCUCCAACUUACAGCUCUGAUCCAAGAUAUACAGCAAUGCACUGGACCCCUACAACUGCUCAAUGAAUUGAAUAACGAAGGCAGGAUAAAAAGGGAAGCCUUACAGUCAUCUUUAUCCAAACUAGAGUCUUUGAUCGAAAGAGAACUUGUGGAAAAAAAGAAAGCGGAGCUUCAGGCAGAAAUAGAUACUUAUAAGCAACAGUACAAAAACUCUUUAGCAGCAUUUUGCAAGGCCAAUAUUUUUAGCAAAUGUAUGAUAGACAAAAUUUCCAAAGAGGAACUCCUAUCGAUGCCUGAAGAACACCAGGCAGAUUUACGUAGAAGGCAUGACAGAAGGAGCUUAGCGAACAAGUCUAGCCAACUCUCGGACAAACUUUUAAGUAUAUCCAGACAUUUGGCAGAGACAACUCAAAGAAGUGCAGAUGCAUUGGAUACAUUAAUAACUUCAUCUGACAAGGUGUCUAGCACCACAGAUGAAUUGGAGCACCAACAGCAAGUAAUAGUUCAAUCAGGAAAGUUAUUAGGCAAAUAUGGUAGAAGAGAGGUCACGGAUAAAGUUUUAUUAGCACUAGCGUUUGCAUUUUUUCUCGCUUGUGUUUUCUAUAUUUUACAGAAGAGGUUGUUUUAAGAGUACAAAAUUGGUUUACACGGAACCGCGUUAUUCGCAUCGUUGUAACGGUAGAAACAUUUUCUGAAGAGUGCGAGGAACGUGCAUAAUAGAAUUCCACAAUUGCAUUUGUUAAAUACUAGGAUCAUCACCAGAAUCGAUUGAAUGACUCCAGUUGAUUCAGAAUCGUGGAAUCCUGUAAUAAAAGAAUAGUAUUAAUAUUAAUUCACAAUGUACCCAUUCUUCAACUUUUAACUAUAGUUUUAUUAAUUUGAUUAUA